GGAUUUUGCAGAUUGCCAACAUAUAAGACAUGGCAGCACGACCUCUGAUAGCACUCCAGCGCUGCUUCUCCUCAACAGUGCGAACAGCAUUUUCGGCCGCCAGAAACCGUCCUGCCCUUUCUACCCCUUUCACUGCUGCCAGUGCCGGCCCAGUUGGCGGUAUCCUACGACGAGGACUGCAGGACUUUUUUGACAAUGAAAAGGGAUGGACAUGGUCGGACUCUGCACUUCCUACAGGACGAGCAUGGCUUGCUGCCGAACUUCGGAAGAAGAGCUUUGAGGACUUGCACCAGUUGUGGUGGGUGUGCAUAAAGGAGCAAAAUAAGCUCUAUUCGCAAAAAGAGGAGGCCAGACGGUUCUCGCUUUUCUUUCCGCACAAAGAUCGAUUGUUCCAGGUGAAGCUGACAAUGAAUCGGAUCAAGCAAGUUGUCUGGGAGCGCCGUACGCAAUGGGUCCGUGCACAGGCUGUUGUCCAACGCGAGCGACAGGCCGAGGUGCUCCGCGCGGAGGGUCUCUCUGAAGUGAAGAUUGAACAAACCCUGGAAGAAAUGUUCCCUGUACCUAUCGAGAAUAUCGGAAAGAGGCCUUCCAAACUAAAAUCUGAAGAGGCGCGGAAGAAGGAGAUUGAUCUGAAGGGUCGGGGGAGAAAAAAGUCGGGAGGGUCGACGUGGUAUGUCGUGUAAUGUACCUGUAUUUAUUAAUAGGCUUUGGUUGGGAAGAUGAGUGUUUGUAUGGUUGAUUGGGAGGUGAUUCGGCUUGGCAGAAACGUACAAAGUCUGGUUAAAGCUCCAGAAGGAGUUGCGAAGAAGCACCCAACUGGCGUCACAAUGUGUUGUGUGUACUAAAGUACAUUGCUUUUCAUCACUCUAUAUAUUUAUCAAAAGAAUAAACCCACUGUUUCCUCUUGAA